GAAUGCAAGUGAGAGGCUGUGAGAAAGGAUCACCCUAAGAUUGCGGUGGCCCACUAUCUAUGCAAGCAACUUGAGGGCUCCUAGCUUCAGCAAAAGACUCCAUAGGCAAAUAGGCUGUGUGUUAUCAUGAACUCAAAGCUGAGUGCAACCACAGAAGACAAUGCACUGUGGCCCUCGAAAUAGAAAGGAGAAUUUCUUUUCCUAAGUGUGAAGCUUUGCAGGCUCUACAUGCAGCCUGUAGUGUAGUCCUGCAUCAUUAACGGGGGUGGGCGGGGGCGGAGAGAAUGAAAGCAAAAGAGCAUGCUGGCUGCCCCCUGGAAAACGGAAAUGUUCAGUGUACACAGAGAGUGGCUUGCAUAUUUCACUCUGACAUCUUACUACUAUGCUUUUCAACAUGAUAGUGGUUAGAUAUUCCUGAUAAUUUUAAUUUUUUUUCCUUUUGCUUUCAUAAUUUUUCUUUUGGCUUUCUUUUAUUUUGUAUUAUUUUUACUUUUAUUUAUUUUCUUCCCUCCCUCCUUCUCUCCUGUAUUCCUUCCUUCCUUCCUUCCUUCUUCCUUCCUUCCUUCCCUCCUUCCUCUCCUUUCCUUUUCUUUCUUUUUCUUUCUUUCUUUCUUUCUCUCUCUCUUUCUCUCUCUCUUUCUUUCUUUUUUUUCUCCUUUUGCUAGUGAAGGAGAAUUGGAUUGGUUAUUUUCAGAACAGGGAGCCUAAAUUGAUGCACAAAUCAGUAGCAUCCUUGUUGGAGUGGCCAUCACAUGAAUUCUUUGGAGAUCUCUGAAGAAAACAGAAAGAAACUGAAAUGGCAUGAAUGAAUUAAUCGUGCCAGAUUCUCCAACGCUUCCUCAGGAGACCCUAUUGCUCUGAUCAAGAAGUUCCAUCAGCACAGAAGAAAACAGCAGCUCUGCCUUUGUUUCCUACUUUUUAGCUUUUGACAUAUAGCUGAAAAAGUCCCAGAAAGCUGAUCUUUCCAAGUUAAUCAUCCCUGAAGAGUGGCGGACUCAUUGUGCACUAAAGCAAUCCUUUCUUCUAUGUGAGCCAAAAAAAGAAAAACGGCCUGCCAGACACCUGUAAAGAGAAGGCUAUCGUCAUAUAGGAAUUUGAGGAACUGCUAUAUGGUACAUUCCUUUUCCAAAUGGGAGAGAGUAAGCUCUCAUGAUGUCCCAGAGGGCCUUAAAAUAAACAAGAGGGGAAAUUGUAACAGCUUGUCAUCUGUGCUUGUACGCUAGACUUCCAUGUAGUUACUCUAGACAAAUCUAAAUCAAAAAUGCAGAUCAUUCUUUGAAAAAUCCCCAAAUCAUACGUAGAGACUCAGACAGAUGUGGUAAAAAGAGGAAGGUUAUUUUAUACUUCGUAUCUCCAACCCACUGGCAAUCAAUCUUUUGGAAGGAACAGCAGUUGAUUGUGAAUUUAGUUUUGAACCACCAUUAGGCAAAGAUAGUUUCUCUAGAGAGAAUCAUGCCUGCUAAUUACACGUGUACCGGGCCAGACGGAGACAAUACAGAUUUUCGAUACUUUAUUUAUGCAGUGACAUACACUGUCAUUCUUGUGCCAGGUCUCAUAGGGAAUAUAUUAGCCCUGUGGGUAUUCUAUGGUUAUAUGAAAGAAACAAAACGAGCUGUGAUAUUUAUGAUAAACUUAGCCAUUGCUGACUUACUACAAGUUCUUUCCUUGCCACUGAGGAUCUUCUACUACUUGAAUCAUGACUGGCCAUUUGGGCCUGGUCUCUGCAUGUUCUGUUUCUACCUGAAGUAUGUCAACAUGUAUGCAAGCAUCUACUUCUUGGUCUGCAUCAGUGUGCGACGAUUUUGGUUUCUCAUGUACCCCUUUCGCUUCCAUGACUGCAAACAGAAAUAUGACCUGUACAUCAGCAUUGCUGGCUGGCUGAUCAUCUGCCUUGCCUGUGUACUCUUUCCACUCCUCAGAACCAGUGAUGAUACCCCUGGCAAUAGGACCAAAUGCUUUGUGGAUCUUCCUACCAGGAAUGUCAACCUGGCCCAGUCCGUUGUUAUGAUGACCAUUGGCGAGUUGAUUGGGUUUGUAACUCCGCUUCUGAUUGUCCUAUAUUGUACCUGGAAGACGGUUUUAUCACUGCAAGAUAAAUAUCCCAUGGCCCAAGAUCUUGGAGAGAAACAGAAAGCCUUGAAGAUGAUUCUAACCUGUGCAGGGGUAUUCCUAAUUUGCUUUGCACCUUAUCAUUUCAGUUUUCCUUUAGAUUUCCUGGUGAAGUCCAAUGAAAUUAAAAGCUGCCUAGCCAGAAGGGUGAUUCUAAUAUUUCAUUCUGUGGCAUUGUGUCUUGCUAGUCUGAAUUCAUGUCUUGACCCAGUCAUAUACUACUUUUCCACUAAUGAGUUCCGAAGACGGCUUUCAAGACAAGAUUUGCAUGACAGCAUCCAACUCCAUGCAAAAUCCUUUGUGAGUAACCACACAGCUUCCACCAUGACACCUGAAUUAUGCUAAAACAAAAAACCAAACUGAAUGUGACCUGAAAUGCAAGUACAUCAGAACAUAUCUGCAAUACCCAAGCCACAGGGAAGAACUUGCAAAACAACACAGCUUUUCAGUUCUGCUCUAUCUUACUGCUAUGGGGAAUUCACUUCUUCAAAGCAGGACCUAUUUGGAGCAUUACGAUCCACGAUUAUUGAUGUUGACAUGUCCAUGUAGUAAUUUUUCAUCAAGUCUGUAAAUCUUAAAAUAUCAAAUUUCUGUGACAUCCUAUAAACAUAUGCACACAACUGUAGUCAGUACUUUUACCUGUGAACCUCAGGCACAAAAAGAUUAUUAGCUUGGAGUCACCAUAAACAUUCAGUUUUGUUGCAACAGAUACUGAGUCUUUACGUUCAGAGGAAAUGUAAGUGUCUUUUUAUAUUAGUAAUCACAGUUUACAUGCCAUUUUCAUAUGUUUGGUUAUAUUUUAGUGGGAUAGACGAUAUAUUACCCUGUGUAAAGAAAAUGUAAACAUAAGAUCAUUUUUAUCUCUCAAGUGUGAUUACUCUUCAGAGUUUGAAGACUAAAAUAGCUAUUUUCUUCAUUUUUGUGUCAACAUGAAACAUCAUUUGUCACACCUGUUCACAGAAUGAAAAUCUGAACUCAGGCCUCUGGCAUAUUUAAACUAAGAACAAUAUACAUAUUUACAUACGAUAACCCUCUGUGACUGGAAAAGAUGCCGUGUUGCAUCUACCUAGGACAGGUAGUUUGUCAAAGUCCAUACAAGGUGACUCAAUUGGGCUCUAGGCCUAGGAGAAAGCAGAAAGGUGACAAUCACAAUUCUGCUCUCUUACACUUUUUCUAAAGAACACUUCUGGAGAUGUAUGGACCCGCCUAGUAGAGGAAGUUUUUAUCAUGUUUCUAGAGAUACAUUGAGGUAAUGGUGACAGGUUCCUGCACUUUCUGAGCCUAUGGAAGAAGUAGUGCACUAAUGAAUCAUUAAACCUAGGCCAGAGUGAAAAGAUGAAGCAAAGUUGGGUAAUCUUUUAAAAAUUCUCAUCACAUUGUAUUUCUUACUCUAAUACAAGGACACUUACUUAGCUUAGACUGCCAAGUUACUUACACAAGCCAGAGUAAGUCUCUCUGCCCCAUCAUUGCAUACAUAUUACAGUCAGUCACAUGGACCCUAGAAUCCACAUUGAUUUUUUUUGGUCUAGCUUUGCCCCAGACAUACCAUUCUAAAGCCUACAAAGCCUAGCUCUUAGCAGCUGGGGAAGGCAAUUAUUUCACCUCUUGAAAAAUGCAUAGAAGAUUAAUUUGGUCAGCCUUUGACAACCAAUGGCCAAUGACUUGCCUACUACCUGUUUGGUACUAUUGUGUGGGAAACAGACCCAGGAUAUUAGUCGUAAUUAAACCUUAGGUUGUAAGUAUUAGAAUAUUUUGAAACAUGUUUUAGCAAAAAGCUCUAACUUUAAGAAAGUUCUACUUAAAAUCUGUGUGUGCUAUAUAAUGAAGAUACCUUCUAUGUCUCACAGAAGGAAUGUAGAACCCAAUCAAAGGCUUUAUCAUAUUUAGAGGAAAGGGGUUGUUUUAGGCAUACAGUUAUGAUACUAAUACAUUAGGGGAAAACUGGUGACAUCAAAAUGAAUUCUAAUAUCUAGACUGAUGGAAAGUUUUCUAAAGUUUUCUUUGGACAAGUGUUGAUUUCACACAUAUGUUGUUAUUAAGAUAAUACCCUAUUAGAAAACUGACUUUGUGCUGCUAGCAAGUGUAUCUAUGUGUCUCCUAACUAAUCAUUGUAAGGUAUAUGUUUUGAUGUGUUAAAUAAGUUUUCAAUAAGUGUUAAACUGUAUUUUAAAUAGGGCAUCUAUAACUGUGUCUUGUCUCUUUGCUUUAAAGUGUCUUUUGUUUGACUAUAAUUUAGUGUUGCAAUAGGAAUGCAAGUAAUAAUUUUGUGGAAUUGUGAAAUAACUGUGGGUACUUUUAAUGUGAGAGUCUUAUCUAUAGUAUUUGUGCUUAGUAUUUUCUAGAUUAGCAUGAAGUACACUUCCUAAGGUCACUUUGGAAGAUGAUUGAUUUGAUUUAAUUAACAUAUUGAUUUCACUUUGACUAUGUUUUUCUUAAAGAGGAAGGGAAAUAUUUUCAGGAGAUGUUUGACCUUCUUAGAUGAAUGGUUGAGGGUAGGGCCCAUUUGUUAGGCAGCCCAUUUACAUAAUUCCAAAAAAGGACCAGUAUUCAAUGUUAUGCUGCUUAGCUGAGGGAACCCUUUUUCCCCAGGCCUGCCAAUCUACGUUUGUAUUCAGUGCUCUGAUUUACUUUAUUCACCCCUUAUCCCAUCAAUAUGUUUUGUCUUCUGCUUGAUUCCCUUGCUCUCCCAGGAAGCAACCUGAUCAAUUCAUUCACACCAUGGUGCUAAUAGCUAAUGUUAGGUUCAUAUUAAUUUACCCAGGAAUAUCUGAAUUCCAGGCUUUAGGACUAGGCAUUAAACCAAAGUGGUGACUUUCAAUGGAGGGCUAAUACAUACUGAAGCAGACAGACUGGAGGGAAAGAUAUUUUGGAUAAAGUGGGUCCCACAGCACUGCCUUUCAUAUUGCAUACAGUAAGCAAACACCUACUUUGGUUACCAUAAUGGGAAUGCUGACUUUUAAGAAAUUAAGAAAUGUAUCCAUGAACAUGGCUAUCAGUUUCUCAGAUGUCUGCUCACCUUCUUUUCAUUUUGCCUCUCUCCUUUCCUACGUUGGGCCUGAUUUUCAGGGGAAAGUCUAAACUAGUAGCUUACUAAUUUAGGAGUACUGGUGCAGCUACGAUCCAGACAGCAGCCUGUUCUCUGAGCUUCUCCAUUCCAUGGCUUAUCCAGACUUCUCAUUUAUCACUCUCUGGGUUCUAUGAAAUUGUGGUGCAAAGAGUAAACACCCUCAACCAUAGUAAUGUACACUUCAAGAUAAAUAAUUCCACAUUUCCUAAAGUUGUUGAAUUUUGAUUCAAAAAUGCAUAAGUAUUCCAAUAAGAAAAACUUUGAAUAUGUAGUGAUUUCUAUGUAAAAAUAUUGUUAUUAUUAUUAUAUUCAAAUGGUUUAUAUGUUUUCAUUGUCAUUCAGUUAAGCAGCCAAUUCUAUUAGCUGGUAAUUCCACAAAGAGAAGCCAUCUGCCCCAGGAGCAACAGACCAAGCUGCCUUGGUCUGAGAGGGUGCAUCUGUGGAACUCUUGCGCAACUUACAUUUUAUGUCACCUUUUGAUUUUACUCCCAAGAUACUGUGAAAAUGUUGCACUUGGAAUUUAUUUAUGGCUAUAACUUAUAAUAUUCAUUUUAAUAAUAAAGAUUGUCUUUGUAAUUACAUAGAAA